CAUAAGCCCCCUCAUACCUGACCAAUAGUGAAUUUAAAUAAAAUUGUUUUAUUAUAGAAAAUUUCAAAUGUACAAUAAGUAGAAUAAUAAAACACGUGUGCCCGCAGCCCCACUAGGAACCAACCCCACCACUGUUCAUUUUCUCCCCACUCUUGCAGACCCAUGCUGUCCAGUGGAACUACCUAUCCUGAUAGAAAUGUUCCAAAUCAGGCCAGGUGUGGCGGCUCAUGCCUGUAAUCCUAGCACUCUGGGAAGCUGAGAGGCGUGGAUUGCCUGGGCUCACAGGUUCGAGACCAGCUUGAGCAAGAGCGAGACCCCGUCUCUAAAAAUAGCCAGGCAUUGGGUCAGGUGCCUGUAGUCCCAGCUACUUGGAAGCCUGAGGCAAGAGAAUGGCUUGAGCCCAGGUGUUUGAAGUUGCUGUAAGCUGUGACGCCAUGGUACUCUACUGAGGGUGACAAGCUGGCCCCCGAAAGGACCCUCUUCAAGUCCCCAGCUGGGGGCCCCGCAUAGACCUGGAGUGGACAGCCCCUCCUUCCCUUCAUGAUUCGUUUGUAGCGCAGUGGCGAUGGAUGAUGAGGAUGGGAGAUGCUUACUAGACGUGAUUUGUGACCCUCAGGCCCUCAAUGACUUCCUGCAUGGAUCUGAGAAGCUCGACAGUGAUGACCUCCUGGAUAAUCCUGGGGAGGCCCAAAGUGCCUUCUAUGAAGGUCCUGGGCUCCAUGUACAAGAAGCUUCUGGCAACCACCUGAACCCAGAGCCCAGCCAGCCAGCCCCCAGCGUGGAUCUAGACUUUCUGGAAGAUGACAUCCUGGGCUCUCCUGCAACAGGGGGUGGAAGUGGGGGCAGCGGGGGAGCCGACCAGCCCUGUGACAUUCUACAACAAAGCCUCCAAGAGGCCAACAUCACCGAGCAGACGCUUGAGGCUGAGGCCGAGCUGGACCUGGGCCCCUUCCAGCUGCCCACAUUGCAGCCCGCAGAUGGCGGGGCAGGCCCAACAGGUGCUGGAGGAGCAGCCACCGUGGCCACAGGGCCUCAGGCCCUCUUCCCAGGCAGUACUGACCUCCUGGGGCUGCAGGCCCCACCCACUGUGCUGACCCACCAGGCCCUAGUGCCACCCCAGGAUGUGGUCAACAAGGCCCUGAGCGUCCAGCCCUUUCUGCAGCCUGUGGGCCUGGGCAAUGUGACCCUGCAGCCUAUCCCAGGCCUCCAAGGCCUGCCCAAUGGCAGCCCUGGGGGUGCCACUGCUGCUACGCUCGGCCUGGCGCCAAUCCAGGUGGUGGGCCAGCCUGUUAUGGCACUCAACACACCCACCUCCCAGCUCUUGGCCAAACAGGUACCUGUCAGUGGCUACCUGGCCUCGGCAGCUGGCCCCUCGGAGCCAGUGACCUUGGCGUCGGCUGGUGUCUCCCCACAGGGGGCUGGCCUGGUCAUCCAGAAGAACCUCUCAGCCGCUGUGGCCACCACGCUCAAUGGAAACUCUAUGUUCGGAGGAGCAGGGGCUGCCACAGCAGCAGCCACUGGAGCGCCCUCAGGACAGCCACUGGCGGUGGCCCCGGGCCUCGGCACAUCACCGCUGGUCCCUGCACCUAACGUGAUCCUUCAUCGUACCCCCACACCCAUCCAGCCCAAGCCCACCGGUGUGCUGCCCCCCAAGCUCUACCAGCUGACACCUAAGCCGUUCACCCCAACAGGUGCCACACUCACCAUCCAGGGUGAGCCCGGGGGCCUCCCGCAGCAGCCCAAGGCCCCCCAGAACCUGACUUUCAUGGCGGCGGGCAAAGCGGGCCAGAAUGUGGUGCUAUCGGGCUUCCCGGCACCUGCUCUGCAGGCAAAUGUCUUCAAGCAGCCUCCAGCCACCACAACAGGGGCUGUUCCACCUCAGCCCCCUGGAGCCCUGAGCAAGCCCAUGAGUGUCCACCUCCUUAAUCAAGGCAGCAGCAUCGUCAUCCCUGCCCAGCAUAUGCUGCCAGGCCAGAACCAGUUCCUGCUGCCAGGCACGCCUGCAGUUCAGCUCCCUCAGCCGCUCUCAGCCCUUCCUGCCAAUGUGGGUGGGCAGAUCCUGGCAGCUGCAGCCCCCCAUGCGGGUGGGCAGCUCAUUGCAAACCCCAUCCUCACCAACCAGAACCUGGCAGGCCCGCUGAGCCUGGGCCCCGUGCUGGCCCCCCACUCUGGGGCCCACAGCGCAGCCCACAUCCUCUCGGCCGCCCCCAUCCAGGUGGGACAGCCAGCACUCUUCCAGAUGCCCGUGUCGCUGGCCACGGGUAGCCUGCCCACACAGAGCCAACCGGCCCCUGCCGGCCCCACAGCCACUACCGUCCUCCAGGGGGUCACGCUGCCCCCUAGUGCUGUGGCUAUGCUCAACACCCCGGAUGGGCUGGUGCAGCCAGCCACCCCUGCCACUGCCACCACAGGGGAGGCUGCACCUGUCCUUACGGUGCAGCCCACCCCUCAGGUUCCCCCAGCAGUCAGUACACCACUACCCCUGGGCCUCCAACAGCCACAGGUGCAGCAGCCCCCUCAGGCCCCCACCCCACAGGCCACUGCCCCGCCCCAGGCCACCACCCCUCAGCCCAGCCCAGGCCUGGCAUCCAGCCCAGAGAAGAUUGUCCUGGGGCAGCCACCUUCUGCCACAGCCACGGCCAUCCUCACUCAGGACUCUCUGCAGAUGUUCCUGCCCCAGGAGAGGAGCCAGCAGCCCCUCUCCGCAGAGGGCCCCCACCUCUCCGUGCCCGCCUCGGUCAUAGUCAGCGCCCCGCCUCCUGCCCAAGACCCAGCCCUGGCCACCCCCGUCGCCAAAGGAGCUGGCCUCGACAGCCAGGCCUCCCCAGCUCCGGCCCCCCAGAUCCCGGCAGCAGCUCCACUGAAGGGUCCAGGCCCGUCCUCGUCCCCGUCACUACCUCACCAGGCCCCUCUGGGAGACAGCCCCCAUAUGCCCUCCCCACACCCUGCCAGGCCCCCUUCCCGCCCACCUUCCCGCCCCCACUCCCGCCCGCCCUCCCAACCCCAGAGUGUGUCCCGCCCACCCUCAGAGCCAGCCCUGCACCCUUGCCCUCCACCCCAGGCCACCCCUACUCUGCCUGGUAUCUUUGUCAUUCAGAACCAGCUGGGUGUCCCCACACCUGCCAGCACCCCAGCCCCCACCACACCAGGGCCACCCCAACCCCCUCUGCGCCCCCCAUCCCAGCCACCUGAGGCGCCGCUACCCCCAGCCCCCCACCUCCCUCAGACCUCUACCACCUCUGCUGUGGCCUCCUCCUCCGAGACGUCUACCAGGUUGUCAGCCCCUACACCGUCAGAUUUCCAACUCCAAUUCCCACCCAGCCAGGGGCCCCACAAGUCCCCCACACCCCCACCGACCCUUCACCUUGUCCCUGAGCCUGCAGUGCCCCCCCCACCGCCUCCUCGGACCUUCCAGAUGGUGACCACCCCCUUCCCAGCGCUGCCCCAACCGAAGGCUCUUCUCGAAAGAUUUCACCAGGUGCCGUCCGGAAUCAUUCUCCAGAACAAGGCUGGGGGGGGGCCCAGCACCCCACAGACCUCCGCCAAUCUGGGGCCCCUCGCCAGCCCCACUGCCUCUGUGCUGGUCAGCGGGCAGGCCCCCUCCGGGACCCCCACUGCCCCCAGCCAUGCCACUGCCCCGGCACCCAUGGCCACUGCAGGCCUCCCUCCUCUGCUUCCUGCUGAGAAUAAAGCUUUUGCCAGCAACCUCCCAACCCUGAGUAUGGCUAAGGCUGCUUCAUCCGGGCCAGGGAAGUCCUCCGGGCUGCAGUAUGAGAGCAAGUUGAGCAGCCUGAAGAAACCCCCCACGCUCCAGCCCAGCAAGGAAGCCAAUUUCCUGGAGCAUUUGCACAAACAUCAGGGCUCAGUCCUGCACCCUGACUACAAGACAGCCUUCCCCUCCUUCGAGGAUGCCCUGCAUCGCCUCCUGCCCUACCACGUCUACCAGGGUGCCCUCCCCUCCCCCAAUGACUACCACAAAGUGGAUGAGGAGUUUGAGACGGUCUCCAUGCAGCUGCUGAAACGCACCCAGGCCAUGCUCAAUAAAUACCGUCUCUUGCUCCUGGAGGAGUCCCGGAGGGUGAGCCCCUCGGCAGAGAUGGUAAUGAUCGACCGAAUGUUCAUUCAGGAGGAGAAGACCACCCUUGCCUUGGAUAAACAGCUGGCCAAGGAGAAGCCUGAUGAGUAUGUGUCUUCCUCACGCUCUCUGGGCCUCCCUGUGGCAGCCUCUUCCGAGGGCCAUCGGCUUCUAGGCCAUGGUCCCCCAUCGUCUUCAGCGCCCGGUGCCUCCACCCAGCCCCCUCCACACCUGCCCACCAAGCUUGUGAUCCGGCAUGGCGGGGCAGGCGGUUCCCCUUCGGUCACCUGGGCCCGGGCAUCGUCCUCCCUGUCCUCUUCAUCCUCCUCUGCCGCCUGGUCCCUGGACACCGACGAGGACGGGCCCAUGCCCUCCCGCAGCCGCCCACCCAUCAAGACCUACGAGGCCCGGAGCCGCAUCGGCCUCAAGCUCAAGAUCAAGCAGGAGGCCGGGCGCAGCAAGGUGGUGCAUAACACUGCGCUGGACCCGGUGCACCACCCACCCCCGGCCCUGCAGGCGGCUGAGCCCCAGCCCCGGCCCCCACCACCCCCACCCACAGGCCAGAUGAAUGGCACUGUGGACCAUCCACCGCCUGCCACCACUGACCGCAGGCCGUCUGCCCCGGCCCCCCACUGCCCCCGCCUGCCCCUGCGUAAGACAUACCGUGAGAACGUGGGGGCCCCAGGCAGCGGGGCCCUGGAAGGUGCAGGGAGCGGCAGAGCCCGGGCCGGCAGCCCAGCACCGCUGCCGACCAAAGUGGAUGAAGCCACCAGUGGGCUCAUCCGUGAGCUGGCCGCAGUGGAGGACGAGCUAUACCAGCGUGUGCUGAAGGGGGCUCCACCAGAGCCCACGGCCAGUGCCGGGCAGGGAGGGGGUAGCGGGGAUCCGGGCUGGGAGGCCCCCCCGUUGCCCCCAGCCAAACGGCGGAAGUCUGAAUCGCCCGACGUGGACCAGGCCAGCUUCUCUAGUGACAGCCCGCAGGACGACACGCUCACGGAACACCUCCAGAGUGCCAUCGACAGCAUCCUGAACCUCCAGCAGGCCCCUGGGCGGACACCCGCACCCCCGUAUCCCCAUGGCACCCCGGCAGCAGUCGCACCCACCUCCCCAUCGCCCCUGCACAGGCCCGAGGCCUACCCGCCCUCCAGUCACAACGGCGGCCUUGGCGCCAGGACGUUGAACAGAUAACACCCGGCUGGACUUCCCUUCCCCAUCACUUGCUCUGCACGGACGCCAGGGGCAGCUGGGCAUCUGACCUCAGCCUCCUGGGGACACGAGCCGGGGAUCCCCUGACAGUUUUUCUUGCCUAAGUUAUUUGAGUCACAAAGGCCUCUUUCCAUGCCUCCUGCUUCAGCUGGGUUGUUGGGGGCUGGGGAUGGUGGGUCGGAUUUAGGGGAGGGGCUGUCAUGUAAACUGUACCCUUUGCCAAAUGAGGGACAAUCUGGUGUGUCAGUUCCUGUUUCUUCCCACCUCCAGGCACACUCCACCACUCUGUCCCGGGGACACGUGUUUGUUUGCCAGGGGUGGGGGCACCUAGUGGCUCUCACUGCUCCAGGUAAUGGUCUUGUCCGUGUUGCUCCUGGGUCACAUUGGAAGGGCACUUGGAGCUGCCAGGUCCUUCCACACAGGCUCAGCCUCUUCCCACUGCCCCCACGGGCUAUUAAAGGAAAUCAGAGAGGGGGUGGUGGGCUAUAAAAGGAAACCAGAGAAGGGAUGGUAGGAGCCAACUUCUUGGAGCACUGUGCCCUGGGGCACCUGUGUCGUUUUCAUGGGUGCACAUCCAGCUGCCUGACUUAUGUCUCCAUACACUGUGCUCGAGUGAGUGAGAGAGAGAGAGAUUUCCUAAGCUCCUACCCCUCUACUUUGAAAUCUGAGCAAAACAAGAAACCAGGUCCCCUCCCCAGCCAGUCUUCCCUGUGUUCUUCCUGCCUCCAGCCUCCUGCGCCACAUUUUGAAAUCUUGGAGACAAAACUAGUACUGUAAGAUAAAUUUUUUUGUACUGUAUUUAUUGUGUAUAACAAUUUUUUUAAAGGAGAAUUCUGUACAUUUAGAACUCUUGUAAAUUAAAAAUGGAUCCUUUUUUUAAAACUGUACUCAUGCCCCCUUGGCCCCAUUGCUUUUGAGUAUUUCAGGGUUGGUGUUUGGGCUCUAUUACUCUCUCCUAGGGCUUCUAGAACUAAGUGCCACAAAUGGGGGAAGAGGAGGGUGCUUAAGACAACAGACAUUUAUUCUCUCCCAAUCCUGAAGCAUAGAAACAGCUUGGUGGUAGGGCCACACCCCAGGUGAGGAUUUUCCCUAGCUUGUCUCGGUUUCUGGUAGCCCCGAGUGUACCUGACUGUGGCUGCAUCUGGCCAUUUCCCCUCUGUCUCUUCUAAGAACACCAGCCAUAUUGGGUCACAGCCUACUCUACUCCAGCAUGACUUUGUUCUGACUUGGUUACAUCUGCAGAGACCUUAUUUCCAAAUGAGGUCACAUUCACAGGUACUAGGGGUUAGGACAUGAACAUACCUUUCUUGAGGACACAAUUGAUGAUACUAAGGGGGUGGAUAAGGUAGCUGCUAAUCCCUGGGACACCAUCAUUUGAAAUAUCACCCCUUUCUCCUGGGCGGAGAAUUUGGAGAGCAGAGCCUGAGCUGGGUUUACUCAUCUCUCUUCCCUUCAGUUAGCACCUUGUGCAGUGAACAACCUGCACAACUGCACACUAUGGCCUUCAGAAUCAGAUGGGAGGGGAAGGUAUCUUUGAAAAGGUGACAUUCGAGGGUGGCGCCUGUGGCUCAGUGAGUAGGGCGCCGGCCCCAUAUACCGAGGGUAGAGGGUUCAAACCCGGCCUCGGCCAAACUGCAACCAAAAAAA